CUUGCGUCGGGCGACCUGAGUGCGCUUACUGGGCUGAGACGGUAGGCGAUGGUCAAUUGAUAAGACAGAGUGAACGUCUCUCGUCUGCUUCCUCUCGCGCCUCCCGUCUUCCUACUGUCGAGUGUCACCGAUAUUUCCAGUAUAGCCAUGGCGUACGAGCCCAUCUUCAAGCCCUUUGCGGCACGACCUAAGUCGCAGUACUUUUCGAAUCCAUAUAUGUUGCUCUCUCUGGUCAAGGACAACUACAGUCUCCAUGUGUGGCUUUUGGUUGGCGCUGUAAUCCAAGGCUUAAUCUGUCUACUGCCGUACCGCAACAUUGCGCUUGUGGCACCAGCUUUUCUAUUUCUCGGCUACGAAAUCGUUACCACGCUACUCAAGGCUUUCGGCAUAACUCACAACCCGUACAUGAAUAAUGUGAUCCCUGGUCGGACGGCGGUUGUGUUUCCAUCCGAGAAAGGCACCCAUGAAGAGCCUGCCGGAAGCUCGCUUUGCGCCAUCAUGCUAGCGGUGCGCUCGAAUCAUCCUCUGGGCGUGUUCGGUCCAGGCUACAACACAGUAGGCGACUACUUCAGACGCAUGAUGGAACAGCUCGACGCGGAGUCGAAACAAUGGGGCUACCUCGGUGCGUCGCCAUGGCUGUCGGUGGCUGAUCGUGGCGUUCAAUCCGAGUACAUGGUUAUGGUCUACUUCGAGAAUGAGGACUACAUGCAUCAAUUCGCUCAUGGUCCGCUACAUACUGAAACUAUGGAAUGGUGGCGUCGCGACCUUGACAAGCUGGCACACAUCAGCAUUAUGCAUGAGGUUUAUGCUGCGCCGAAGAAAUCAUGGGAAGGCAUCUACGCCAACUACGCGCCUACGGGUCUCGGUAGAGUGACCAAAGCCGCCACGACGGUUGAUGGAAAUGAGGUUUGGCUUAACACGCUUGUGAAGGGCAAGGGACGCCUCGCAUACAGCAAGGGACGUAUGGGCCGGGUGUACGAUCAACAAAGUGAGUGGUCCGCCUUCGACAGCACGCUGAACGCCGAGGAAAGAGCUUGAAUACUAGCAUACUGUUCCCUUGUUAUGUUCUCUGUAUCGUUCGAGCUUCAUAGUCGAUGCAGUUGAUGUGAAACAAAAGAUGAUUGUCCAUCUCG